UGCAAGAGGCUGAGUCUCCUUGCAGACUCAUUUUACUGAUUUCAGGAGACGCUUGAGGUCAAACAUUGAGUAGAUUUUACUUCAGUGGAUCACCCAUCAUCUUUUUCCUUUACUGUUGUUUUGUACCAAGCUCUCUGUUUGGACUGGUCUCUAGCACCAUGGACCGACUGGACUCUGCAGGAUUCUUACAGAUCUGGCAACAUUUCGACAAAAACGAUAAUGGCUUCAUUGAAGGAAAGGAGCUGGACGCCUUCUUUAAGCACAUGUUACAAAAACUUGGGAUGAAGAAAGAGGAGAUAACUGAGGACAAAAUCAGAGAACUAAAAGAAAGAUUUGUGUCUGAUUGUGACACUGCAGCUGAAAGAUGCCUGCAGAUUCAAGAGCUGGCCACCAUGAUGCUUCCUGAGGAGGAAAACUUCCUGCUUUUGUUCCGCAGAGAGACACCGCUGGACAACAGUGUGGAGUUUAUGAGGAUCUGGAGAAACUAUGAUGCAGACAGCAGCGGCUACAUCUCAGCCAAUGAGCUCAAGGGUUUCCUUCAGGAUCUGUUCCUUCAACACAGGAAGUCCAUCACCCCUGAAAAACUGGAAGAGUACACCGGCACCAUGAUGAAGAUCUUUGACAAAAACAAGGAUGGCAGACUUGAUUUAAACGACCUGGCCAGAAUUUUGUCACUGAAAGAAAACUUCUUACUGAAAUUUAAAAUGGAUGCUUGCAGUCAGGAGGAUAGAAAGAGAGACUUUGAGAAGAUAUUUGCUCACUAUGAUGUUAGCAAAACUGGUGCCUUGGAAGGUCCUGAGGUGGAUGGGUUUGUCAAGGAUAUGAUGGAGCUGGUGAAGCCCAGUAUCAGUGGUACAGAACUGGACAAGUUCAGGAACGCCCUGAUGGGCCACUGUGACAUCAACAGAGAUGGAAAGAUCCAGAAGAAUGAGCUGGCUCUCUGCCUUGGCCUCAAACUAUGCUAACACACCACAACAACAUUCAGAAAAGGCUUUUACUUUUUCUUUUUCUUUCUUGGUGUCGGUGGUUGUUGUUUUUCUGUUUUUCUCCUUACUUUAUAGAAUUUGGUUUUUCUUCCAUCCUAGUUUGGAUAUGAAACUGCUUUGGUUUAUUAUUUAUUUCCUUUCUUUUGAAAUGACAACAACUUCACGUAAUUGUUCAUAUUUUCUGCAUUAGAAGUCGUAGCAUCAGGACAAGGAGUGUGCUAUGUUAUGUUAUGCAUGUAUGUUGUGUAAAUGUUGAUAUGUGUGUGUGUUUAUCAUGAUUAUAUUGAACACUGCAUCUUUGUAAUAUGGUAAUAUACAACCUGAAACAUUGUUUGAAUGGCAUAAUUGACAUAUAGUAAAAGAAAUAAUGGUGAUAACAUCUAUGAAAAAUUUUUCAUCUGGUUCUUUCUUCUUUGACAAAUUACAGUUUUUAUAUUCAGUGUUUUCAUCUAAACACACAAACCACUCACACAGUUCGAAUAUUAAGAAAAUCAGUCUGUCUGUAGUGACCGAAUAUUGUGAGCCCAACACCACCUGACUCUAAAAACUAAAGAGAACCCAGAUGGACACAAGUCUGAGACCACAGGAUUUGUUUCUUCUCGUCUACGUUUA